AUGUCCAUCUCGCUCGACGCCCUUGUAACCAGCACCGCCUCCCUUGAUCCCGACCAGCCUCCCAUCCUUCCUUUAGGCAGCGUACGCAUCACAGUCCGAGAGUCCUCGUGGUCAACACCCAACAUCGACAUUCUCCCUUUUCUGAAGGCAUAUAAGAACUUCCCAUCCUUGAAGCUGCACUUCGAACUCCCCGAACACGCGCGGACUGCUUUUGGCGAUGUGUUCAGCGUGAGGGAGAAUAAUAAGUGGUGGGUCGGUAUUGAAGAGCAUGUCGCGUUUAUACAUGUGUGGCCUGAGGUAUAUGGCGAGAGAGCUAAAGUUGGGAUUACGGUUACCAAGGAGUUUGAGAUGAAGUGGAGGAGUGGAAGGAGGGGAGUUAAGAAAGGUGUAUUGCUGGCUGCGUGGCUGCGUGAGAUGGGGUUGGAGGCUUUGGAGUGGGAUGCUUUAAGGGACGGGACCCGACGAAACGACAAUACCGGUAUCAAGAGGAUGUUUACACCCGUUGAGACUUCCAUCGGCGCCUUUCUGCUACACCAAGCGACUAGCAACCUCCUCUAUCAGAAUGGCGAUAUCCUGGGACUCAGCGGCUACCUGCGUCGACUCUUCUCUGCGCCUACGAAGGAACUGCUCGCUUUCUUCACGGGCAUGGCUGCCAGCUAUGUUCCGUUGAAGGCAUUAGCACCGCAGUUGAUCACGGAGUAUCCUGCUGUACAGACCAGUCCACAGAGUGCUCUGUUUACGCUAGCGAUUGGUGCUCUGAUAGGAUGGGGGACGAAGAUGUCGAAUGGAUGUACAUCUGGACACAUGCUGUGUGGACUCCCCAGACUGAGUGGACGCUCAGCAAUCGCUGUUGCUACGUUCUUUCCCGCGGCCAUCAUAACACAUCACCUCGUCAACCCAAACCUAUCGAGUCCGAUGUGCCCCGGUAGUGCACCAUGCUACACACCUGUGUAUCCGUCAACCGAGACAACCGCAUCUCUUCUCAUACUCGCCAUAUUCAGUAUCUUCGCCGCGCGAACCAUACCCAAACUCGUAGCCCAGGUCACGGUCGCACCCGCAACCAAGGACGCCAAACAUCAGCCCACAGAUACACAUACAGCUGCACGCCUUACGACGCAGUCCUUCUCGGGUCUUCUUUUCGCCCUCGGUCUUCACAUCUCGCAGAUGUCACAUCCUGAAAAGGUGGCCGCUUUCUUCUCUUUCCCAGAUCUACAACACUGGGACCCGUCACUCGCUCUGGUCAUACUCUUCGGCGUCCUACCCAACUUGAUUGAGAACCAGAUAAAAGGCUUCACCAGCCCGCCAUCUUUCGCCGACAAGUUCUCCCUACCUACAAAGACCUGCUCGAACGAUGUGCGUCUAUCCACUAAUGUCACGAUUCUCGAGGCGCCAUACAAGAAUGUCGCUGCCGCUGGGCCUCCGCCUCCGCCCCCUCGAACUCCUCCGCCCGGACUGCCAGAUCGGCCUCCUCCGAAUCCACAAAACGAACCUGCGACUGAUGAGGUCUGGGAUAGGUGCAGGAGAAAGGGAUGCACGCUCUCGUGGGCGAUGAGCCACGACGACAGCGAAGUCGGACCCCAGUACAACCCAGGACGUACCACGGCAGCAUCACCGUACCAGAAUCGUAAUCAACUCGGAAGAUGGUUCUGGCAGUAUUUUCAAUUUGAUCCAAGCGACGAGGCGGAUUCUUUUUUCAACUUCUAUUUGACAUGGGGUAUCGGUGAAGCACUCGCAAGUCUCGGACUCAACCCCAACGCAGACAGAUUCGAAGGUGGCGAGAACCACGUCGUCUCCUAUCAGCACAACUUGCCUGGAUUCGAUGAGGAUAUUGAUGAUCAAACGUACUAUGUUGACGGCAAGCAGUACCGGGCCACAGGUGCUGAUUUUACCUUCUCACUCAACAUCAACGAAGGCGUCAUCAUAGCAAUGAGCCGUACAAGCCCCAAGGAAAUAGGCAAGGGAAAGGACCCGCCAAUUACCGGUGACGGACUGCCACGCCUUAAUCAAUUCUCAGACGUGGCGUGGCUGGAGUGGCAACAUUUGAUGAACCAGAACAAUGGCGAUGUCAGAAAUAUGCGUUACUUCGUGUCUGUGUUGGUUGUCAACCGAGAGACUCAGGCAGUGGUGGCGAGAGCAUUGCGCACUCGAGGUAAAAAUCUAGACGAUUUUCCAGGGCAGACGUUCGAACGGGGGACAGACGAAAUGAACGCAAUCAUGGGCACGCCGAACAUGCAAGGCUUCGCAUAUAUGCUGGUUCAGCACAAAGCGCAGCUGGGCAACAUGUACAUCAAGAAGAUCCAAGUCUUCAAGUGCGUGACGAUGCGCGAGCCUCCUUGUAUCAUCGCGCAUGUAUCCAAGCCAGACGUCUGGGUUGACCCCGGGGGCGGCGAAUUCGUCAGACGCGACGCAGGCCAUAACGUAGCGCGUAUGCACAAGAUCUUCGCGAAGCUCUGA